AACACUUCAGAGAUCCAAUACUGUCACUUCAAAAAAGUGCAGUUACAGGAGGGGAAGAGUCCCCGAGAUGUUUGCACUCAGCUUCACCAACUUUGCCAUCAAUGGCUGCAUCCAGAAAGACACACGAAGGCUCAGAUGCUGGACUUGGUGCUCCUGGAGCAGUUCCUGGCUGUCCUUCCCCCAGAGAUGGAGAAAUGGGUGCGGGAGUGUGGAGCAGAGACCAGUUCCCAGGCAGUGGCCCUGGCUGAAGGCUUCUUGCUGACUCAGCAGGAGGAGAAAUUGCAAGAAGAGUUGCAGAAACCCUUUGAAGCUGUGACUGAAUAUCCCAUGGGGAGGAAAGAUUCAUUCAGUUCUUUUCAAGGGCUGCUCUUCAGGGAGACUUUACACAAAGAUCAAAGUCACAAUACCAUGCCAAGGAGUAGAAAGCUGUCCUUGGAAUUUUUAGAAUCACCUCCUCUUUGUGGUGGGGUUGAAGGGUUGGCUGAACCUCAACUUCAGGGUGUUGUGUCUUUUGAGGACGUGGCUGUGUAUUUCUCCAAGGAGGAGUGGUCUCAACUGGAUGCUGACCAAAAAGCUCUCCAUGGAGAAGUCAUGCUGGAGAAUUCCAGGAAUCUGUUUUCUCUCGGCUUUAAUGGGCAAGAGAUUAAAAAUUGCAAUGAAGAAUGCCAAGCCAUCCAUCGGAAAAAGGAAAAAGGGAAAUUUGCAGAUCAAACGCAAUCAAACAGUGAUGAAACAAAGCAAUCACAAAGUGAAAUUAAAAAAGGCUUUCCUCGGGUCAUUUGGCUUCCUAACCAUACAAACAUCGAUGUGGGAGCAAGACCAUAUCAAUACAUGGAUUCUGGAAAGAACUUUAAUAAAUCCGAUCAUUGUAUUUCUCAUAAAAAGACACAUUCAGAAGAGAAACGAUAUACCUGCAGGGAGUGUGGAAAGACCUUCUGUAAUAAUGACUCUCUUAGAACUCACGAAAGGAAUCACAAAGGAGAACAACUUCAUAAAUGCAUGGAGUGUGGAAAGAAGUUUACUUGUAAGAGUAAUCUUAAUACCCACAAGAGGAUCCACACAGGAGAGAAAUCUUAUAAAUGCAUGGAGUGUGGAAUGAAGUUUACUUGUAAGAGUAAUCUUAAUACCCACAAGAGGGUCCACACAGGUGAGAAGCCGUAUCAAUGCUUGGAGUGUGGAAAGACCUUCUCUAAUAAUUACUCUCUUACAAGACAUCAAAGGAGUCACAAAGGAGAGAAACUGUAUCAGUGCAUGGAGUGUGGAAAGAGCUUUAGUAGUAAAUAUACUCUGAUUCACCAUAAAAGCAUCCAUACAGAGGAAAAGCCAUAUCAAUGCAUGGAGUGCAGAAAAACUUUCUGUUAUUAUGUCUCUCUUAUAAAACAUCAAAGGAAUCACAAAGGAGAAGGGCCAUAUAAAUGCAUGGAGUGUGGAAAGAGCUUUAGUUGUAUUAGUCAUCUUAAUUCCCACAAGAGGAUUCACACAGAAGAGAAGCCAUAUCAAUGUGUGGAAUGUGGAAAGGGCUUUAAGUGGAAUUCUGCGCUUACCUCCCACAAGAAUACCCAGCACGGAGACAAACCAUAUCAAUGCAUGGAGUGCAGAAAAACCUUCUGUUCUUAUGACUCUCUUAUAAGACAUCAAAGGAAUCACAAAGGAGAAAGACCUUAUAAAAGCCUAGAGUGUGGAAAAACCUUAACUUGUAGCUCUAAUCUUGAUUCCCACAAGAAGACCCACACAGAAGAGAAACCAUAUCAAUGUGUGGAAUGUGGAAAGGGCUUUAAGUGGAAAUCUGCUCUUACCUCCCACAAAAGGAUCCACACAGGAGAGAAACCAUAUCAAUGUAAGGAGUGUGGAAAGAGCUUUAAUCAGAGCACUCAUCUUAAUUCACACAAGAGGAUCCACACAGGAGAUAAGCCAUACAGAUGUGUGGAAUGUGGAAAGGCUUUUCAUUGUAGCAGAAAUCUGAAUUCCCAUAAAAGGAUCCAUGCAGGAGAGAAGCCAUAUAAAUGUGUGCAGUGUGGAGAGGGCUUUAAAAGGAGUUGUGAUCUCACUUCCCAUGAAAGAAUCCAUACAGGAGAAAGACCUUAUAAAUGCAUGGAGUGUGGAAAGACCUUUACUUGCAGUAGUAGUCUCAAUUCCCAUAAGAGGAUCCACACAGGAGAGAAACCAUAUCAAUGCAAGGAAUGUGGAAAGAUCUUCUCUCAUACUUACUCUCUUAUAAUUCAUCAUAGGAAUCACACAGGAGAGAAGCCUUAUAAAUGCAUGGAGUGUGGAAAGACCUUUACUGGUAGGAGUAAUCUUAAUUCCCACAAGAGGAUCCACACAGGGGAGAAGCCUUAUCAAUGCAUGGAGUGUGGAAAGACUUUCUGUUAUCAUUACACUCUUAUAAGACAUCAAAGGAAUCUCAAAGGAGAAACACCUUAUAGAUGUGGGGAGUGUGGAAAGAUCUUCUGUAAUAAUCAUUCUCUUAAAACUCAUGAAAUGAAUCACAAAGGAGAACAACUUUAUAAAUGCAUGGAGUGUGGAACCACCUUUACUGGUAGGAGUAAUCUUAAUUCUCACAAGACGAUCCACACAGGAGAGAAGCCAUAUAAAUGUGUGGAAUGUGGAAAGGGCUUUAGAUUGAAUUCUGUUCUUACCAUCCAUAAAAGGAUCCACACAGGGGAGAAACCAUAUCAAUGCAUGGAGUGUGGAAAGCGUUUUAGGAAGAGUAGUGAUCUUGCCUCCCAUAAUAGGAUCCACACAGGAGAGAAACCGUAUCAAUGCAUGGAGUGUGGAAAGACCUUCUGUUACUCUACAUCGCUUAUAAUUCAUCAAAGGAAUCACAAAGGAGAAAGACCUUAUAAAUGCAUGAAGUGCGGAAAGACCUUUACGUGUACCAGUCAUCUUAAUGGCCAUAAGAUGAUCCACAGAAAAGAGAAUCCAUAUCAUUGUUUGGUGUGCGGAAAGACCUUCGGUUAUAAUCGUUCUCUUAUACUCCAUCAAAGGAUUCACAAAGCAGAGAAGCCAUAUCAAUGCAUGGAGUGUGGAAAGACCUUCUGUCAUAAUAAAUCUCUUAUAAGACAUCAAAGGAAUCAUAAAGGAGAAAGACCUUAUAAAUGCAUGGAGUGUAGAAAGAGCUUUACUUGUGGUAGUAGUCUCAAUUCCCAUAUGAGGAUCCACACAGGAGAGAAACCAUAUCAAUGCAAGGAAUGUGGAAAGACCUUUGCUUCUAGUAGUGGUCUCAAUUCCCAUAAGAGGAUCCACACAGGAGAGAAGCCAUAUCAAUGCAAGGAAUGUGGAAAGACCUUUAAUUGUAGCAGUAAUCUCAAUUCCCAUAAAAGGAUCCACACCGGAGAGAAACCAUAUCAAUGCAUGGAGUGUGGAAAGACCUUUAUUUCUAGUGGUUGUCUUAAUUCCCAUAAGAGGAUUCACACAGGAGAGAAGCCAUAUCAAUGCAAGGAAUGUGGAAAGACUUUCUCUCAUAAUUACUCUCUUAUAAUUCAUCAUAGGAAUCACACAGGAGAGAAGCCAUAUCAAUGCAUGGAAUGUGGAAAGGGUUUUAGCAAGAGUAGUCAUCUUACCUCCCAUAAGAGGAUCCACACAGGAGAGAAACCGUAUCAAUGCAUGGAGUGUGGAAAGACCUUCUGUUAUUCUAAGUCUUUUAUAAUGCAUCAAAUGAAUCACAAAGGAGAAAGACCUUUUAAAUGCAUGGAGUGUGGAAAGAGCUUUACUUGUGCCAGUCAUUUGAAGACCCAUAAGAUGAUCCACAUAAUAGAGAAGCCAUAUCAUUGUGUGGAGUGCGGAAAGACCUUCUGUUAUAAUCGUUCUCUUAUGCUCCAUCAAAGGAUUCACAAAGGAGAGAGACCAUAUCAAUGCAUGGAGUGUGGAAAGACCUUUACUUGCAGUAGUAAUUUCAAUUCACAUAAGAGGAUCCACACAGAAGAGAAACCAUAUCAAUGUAAGGACUGUGGAAAGAUCCUUACUUCUACCAGUAGUCUUAAUUCCCACAAGAAGACCCACACAGGAGAGAAGCCAUAUCAAUGCAUGGAAUGUGGAAAAAGCUUUAGUAGGAAAUAUGCUCUGAUUCACCAUAAAACUAUCCAUACAGAGGAGAAGCCAUAUAAAUGCAUGGAAUGUGGAAAGACCUUCUGUUAUUAUGACUCUCUCAUAAGACAUCAAUGGAAUCACAAAAGAGAAAGACCUUAUCAAUGCAUGGAGUGUGGAAAGACCUUUAGUUGCAGCAGACAUCUUGAUUCCCACAAGAGGAUCCACUCAGGAGAGAGGCCUUAUAAAUGUGUAGAAUGUGGAAAAGGCUUUAGGUGGAAUUCUGCUCUUUCCUGCCACAAAAGAAUCCAUACAGGAGAAAAACCAUAUCAAUGCAUGGAGUGUGGAAAGACCUUUGCUAGUAAUGGUAGUCUUAAUUCCCACAAAAGAAUCCACACAGGUGAGAGGCCAUAUAAAUGUGUGCACUGUGGAGAAGGCUUUAGAAGGAGUUGUGAUCUCACUUCCCAUAAAAGGAUCCAUACGGGAGAAAAAAACAAUAUGAAUGGUGUGUGGUAAGAGUUUUGCAAGGAGUAACGCUCUUACUUGCCAUAGAGGGACCAACACACAGGGGAAACCAUUAUCAAUAAAGAAAUUAUCAGAAGAGCUUCAAUAGAAAUGCAGGUAGUCAUAAUAUGACCGCAAUUGAUCCCAAAAUUUCUGUUGCUAAGGAAGAUAGUUGUUAAGUGAAUUUUGCCCCAUUUUACUACU